AUGGCAGCUAACGCUGCUGGCGCCGGAGGUCCUUCUGUCCCAAGAGCAACUACGAAUGGGGCAGCUUCGAGCGCAACAGCUUCUCAGUCCACGGGAGGCCCAAACCCUGGGAUCGGCCAGGCAUCAAAUUUAAAUAACAUCGUCAUCGAAUAUCUAUCAAAGAAAGGCUAUACCAAGACCGAAGCAACUCUUCGGGCCGAAUCUGCGGCACACGAGGCUGACGGCAGGCCGAUAUCGACGAAGACAGAAGAUCUCAGUGGUGCUAAAUACAGACAAGGCUUUGAAACUUUACGCAGAUGGGUCGAAGACAAUCUAGAUAUAUACAAGCCCGACCUGCGACGGAUGUUUUGGCCCAUAUUUGUCUAUUCCUUUUUGAAUCUAGUAUCAGAUGACCAACAGAAGGAGAGCAAGCUUUUCCUACAUUCUUUCAAAGCACAAUUUGAGACAGAGCAUGUGGACGACCUUCGAGCUUUGGAGUCUAUCUCCCUACCUGAUCAUGUUGCCACGAAUGACACCGCAAAAAUCUAUCGCGGGGCGAAAUAUCGUCUAUCUAUCAGCUCUGUUGCAUUCUACAACCUAAUUCGAUUCUUGGAGGAAAAGGAGAAGGAAGGAGGAAAUGUAUUGGUUGGGGUAAUUCAAAAUCACUUGAAUGUCAAUACGAUCGAGCGGGGCAAUGACUCCCAAUUUGCGCUGGCCCAAGUCUUGAAUCGGGCAAAGGCAAAUGAGGAUUUCCCAGCAGAAGAUGAGGGUAUACCAGGACACAACCCAGGCUCUGCAAACACGAGCCGGGCGGCAGGAGAUAGCGUCUUAACAAGAUUGAAAUUAGGUCCAAUGCCAAUGGAAGAAGACCUCAGAAACGAUGUCCACGCAGAGCUUGAAGAUGAAGACGCCAAGAACCCACCAGCUGAGGGCCAGCCUUCUCUUGUAAGCCACUUUGAGGAUCGCAUAAAACGGGAGGAAAGCGAGGAUGCGCCAACUCGGAAUGAGCUCCAGAUGCCUUCUUCAAUCGCUCGAGAUGUUGCGAUGGAGGUGCAGAAAAUCAAAGAAGAUCGUGAUCGUUUCAAAAUUGAGACUCGAACUGGUGGCGUCGGGCCUGGUGUAAGCGUAACCAUGUUCACUUUCCACAACACUUAUGACAGUGUCAAUUGUCUAGACUUUUCAGAGGAUAACUUGCUGGUCGCAGCGGGAAUGAGCGAGUCGUAUGUCCGAGUCUGGAGCCUCGAUGGGAAACCAUUACCUUCGCUAGUUGAAGGUCAGCAGCCAUCAGCCUCUCGUCGCUUGAUAGGUCAUUCUGGCCCCGUUUACGCCGUGUCUUUCUCCCCUGCCACUGCGUCAAAUGAUUCCACAGGAGUUUUUACUGGUCCGAAGUACCUCCUUUCAUCUUCCGCAGAUACCACAGUACGGCUUUGGUCAAUGGAUACGUGGGGCUGCCUUGUCGUUUAUAAAGGUCAUAAUCAUCCUGUCUGGGAUGUCACUUGGGGACCUUUUGGGCUGUAUUUUCUCACCGGAUCCCAUGACAAGACAGCUCGUCUUUGGCGAACAGAUCACAUUGCUGACCUUCGAAUGUUCGUCGGUCAUGAUAAGGAUGUUGACACUGUUGCUUUUCACCCAAAUGGCGCUUACGUCUUCAGUGGGAGUGCAGAUAGGAUUGUUCGCAUGUGGCUUGUUUCUAGUGGCAGUCCUGUUCGCAUGUUCACAGGACACACUGGUAACAUCACGUCAAUGGCAUGUAGCCCAGGCGGGAAAGUCCUUGCUUCUGCAGAUGAUGCAGGCACAAUCAUCCUUUGGGACUUGGCAUUGGGGCGACUGAGAAAGCGGAUGCGAGGUCAUGCAAGAGGCGGCAUAUGGUCUGUCACAUGGAGUGUAGAAUCAAAUAUUUUGGUCUCUGGUGGCGCAGAUGGAACAGUACGUGUCUGGGACGUUGAUCCGCCAGAGCCAGCCAAAGAGAACGGUGCGCUCGGCCAGGGUAGAGUCGUCGCAGAGGGUGGCACAGGACAGAAGAUCGAUGGGAAUUCGCAAAUUCAAACAGUGGCUGGCGCCGGCAAGAAGAAAGGGAAAGACGUAGUGGUCACUGCUGACCAGAUAAGUGCCUUCCCGACGAAGAAAAGCCCCGUUUACAAAUGUCGCUUCACUCGUCAAAACCUGGUCAUUGCUGGUGGAGCGUACUUCCCGCAAUAG